UUUGAUCCAUGCAAACGGCGUUGAUUGGUGCUGAUGUAAGAGGGGGGAAGUGUUCGUACGCCGGCGUCUCCCUGGUUGCGCAAGACGCCAUUUUGGAGUGUCAGUCAAAGAUAACGGAAACAUCGAGAAGCUGUCUUUCUAAAGCUUCGUCACCAUGGGGAAUACAUUUGCAAACCUAUUCAAAAGCUUCUUUGGCAAAAAAGAGAUGCGAAUUCUCAUGGUUGGACUUGAUGCUGCUGGAAAAACAACCAUCCUGUAUAAGCUGAAGCUUGGAGAGAUAGUCACCACAAUUCCCACCAUCGGUUUUAACGUGGAAACUGUAGAAUACAAGAACAUCAGCUUUACAGUGUGGGAUGUGGGCGGUCAGGACAAAAUCAGACCGCUAUGGCGUCAUUACUUCCAGAACACUCAAGGGCUCAUUUUUGUGGUGGACAGCAACGACAGAGAGAGAGUGACAGAGGCACGGGAAGAGCUGUCCAGAAUGCUAUCUGAAGAUGAACUCAGAGAUGCUGUACUGCUGGUCUUUGCAAACAAACAGGAUCUCCCCAAUGCUAUGAAUGCAGCAGAGAUCACAGAGAAGCUGGGUUUACAUGCCCUCCGCCAUCGCAGCUGGUACAUCCAGGCCACCUGUGCCACCAGCGGAGAUGGCCUGUACGAGGGUCUGGACUGGCUUUCCAACCAGCUGAAGAACCCCAAAUGAUCCAUUCCACCGUUUUUUUGUUUGUUUUUCUCUUUCUUUUUCUUUUCUCUUUUUUUUUCUGUCUUCAACACAACGGCAGCACCGGAUCCAAGCCCCUUCCCCAUUUGCUCCCAUAAACACGAUCUCUCUUCCAUCAAGAACUACCUUCCUUCCCUCUCUUUCCUGCCUUCCUUCUUAUCGUCAGUUGGUCUCUAGCCUGUGCUGCUAGUGUGUGUGUGUGUGUGCGCGUGUAAGUGUAAGUGUGUGUACGACUGUAUGUAUGUAUGUGUGUGUGUAUGUGCAUGUGUGGUGUGAAGGUGUCUCUGUGUAUAUUGGCUGGGAUUGGGAGUUACCCUGGCGUGCCUUUUACACACCCCCUGUGGAAUCAGCAGUCUGGUUUAAAGCACCGACCUCCAUCCACCAAACUCGGCUGAUCUCCUCCCCUGUCCCCUGGUCCCUCCCUCCUCCAUCACUGUCAGUCUAGCAUGGAUGCGCCCUGUCAGCUCCUUUACACUCCAGAAGAAGCAUGGUUUUCAUACAGCGAAGAAAGAACAGGGGAGCAAGUCCCCCACCAGACCAUCCUCCCACCUCCUUGUUGCAUCUGUGAUGGUUAGAAUUGUUCGCCCAGAGUUGACUGGAUGAUAGCUGUUUGUGUUAACCCCUUUUGAUUUUUAUCUCAAACCACCACCCAGUUAAGAUAUUCAGCAAAUUGCAUCUUAACCUGUAUCAGGUCAAAGCAAAUCAAAAAAAGAAAAACAAAAAAGACACAUCCUCGAUCAUUCUUGUGUCAUUUGAAAACCAUGCAGGUUGUUUUAUUACUAUUAUUAUAUGGAAUUAUAGAAACAGAUUCUUAUUAUCAAAGGUUCUCUAGUGAACACUAACUCCCACUCCCUCCCC